GACCCCAAUUUCGUGCAAUUUCUUCAACUUGUUGUCAACCGGUAUGAUGUGGCGAACCGGGUCUUACUUCAACCCUCCCGGUCCAAAUAUAAACAUUACCACAACCUUUGCUCUUAUCUCGUCACUCCGCCUUUUCUUCAACAGUCAUUUAAUUCGCCGGUAAGUAAAUUCCAUUCCGUGUUUUAGCUUCAUUUCUUAAUCUAAAAUAUUCCUUCCGUGUCCUUUCCUAACUUCUUAGCUCUAGCUAAAGAAGCAAUCACAAUACUCUUCCCCCAAACCCUAACCCGACCCGUUUCUUUCUAUUUAAUCAUUCCUCCCUUUGAAAUCAGGGGAUUUAUUGAUCAAAAUCUAUUCUUUUAGGUUUUGAAGAAUUGAUGAACCGAAAACUUGCUUCAUUACUUUGACCCACAAGUGAAAUUUCAAAGACUAGGGUUUUGUUGCUGCCUUUUUUUUUUGUUUGUUUGAGUGAUUAAACAAUUUUAUUUACCAAAGUGUGUAUUUACAAAGCAACGCAGCCUUGGACAAAUGAAAAGCUUGUUUUGUUGCUUUUAUAGAGAUUGAAAAAAGCUUAAUUCUUUUGUGGGUCAUUGCAACUACAACUGUGGUUUGAUUUUUUCAUUGUUUAUCGUUCCGUUGGUUGGUUGGCGAUUUCUCUCAAAUUUAUAGGGUUUAGAAGAAUUGGUAAACAGAAACUUGCUGCAUAAUUUGACUUGGAAGUGAAAUUUAAAGACUAGGGUUAUCGUAUCUUUGUUUGGAACGACACCGUUGGAGUUUCCCUAUUGGAAAGCAUAAUUCUUUUGUGGGGCAUUAUAACUACAGGUGUGCUUCAACUGUGGUUUGAUUUUUAACUGUUUAUCGUUCCGUACGGGGACGAUAAGCGUGGGGUUUAGAGGAUAAUGUGUAUAUUGUGCCAGAUACAAAGGUGGUCUAGAGGGGUUGCUACCAUGUUACCAUGGUUGGUGAUUCCGCUCGUUGGGUUAUGGGCGUUAUCGCAGCUAUUGCCACCUGCAUUUCGGUUUGAAAUUACGUCGCCGAGGUUGGGGUGUGUAAUGGUGCUUUUGUUUACGCUUGUGUGGUAUGAGGUUUUGAUGCCGUGGUUAACAGCUUGGCACGUGAGAAGAAUAGCUAGGGCUAGAGAAAGAAAGAGGCUUGUUGCCGUUGAAAUGCAGAAACUGAGGAAAAUAGCGACGAGGAAGUGUAGGAAUUGUUUGACUCCGUAUAGAGAUCAGAAUCCCGGUGGUGGGAAGUUUAUGUGUUGUUAUUGUGGGCAUGUAUCAAAGAGACCUGUUCUGGACUUGCCUGUGCAGCCAGGAUUGGGGUUUCUGAGUUCUGGGAUUUUGAAAGACUUAAUUGGGAAAGGCGGGAAGAUAUUGAAUGGGAAUGUUUGGCCAGACAACAGGUGGGUGUGUGGACAGGAUUCGUUUGAGAAUGGGAAUUGGGUCAGGGGUUCUUCUGUUGGGAAGUCAAGUUCUUGGAGCAAGAAUGGCAGUGGGUUUUUCGAUAGGGAGCAUUGCUUAGCAGAAAAGUCAUAUUCUCGGGUUUUUAAUUUAGCUUGCAAGGCACUGACUAAUUUUUUCUCUAGUAUCAUAUGGAUCUGCAGAUUUUUUUUUAGGAUUAGUUCCUCCAGAGAUGAUGAUGCUUCAAUGGAUGCAGAGCAAAGAGCAAUGUUGGAUAAGAGAAGGGAGAAUGGGGGCAGUUGUCAGGAGAGUAAAUGGGAAAAAUCUCGAAGAAAAGCAGAAGAGAAGAAGCAGGCCAGGUUAGAGAAGGAGCUAUUGGAGGAGGAGGAGCGAAAGCAAAGAGAGGAUGUUGCUAGAUUGGUGGAAGAGCGCAGGAAAUUGCGGGAGGAACAUACUGAGGCUGAGAAAGAACAGUGUAAAGUGUCACCAUCUGAUAAGGUACGAGAGAGUAAAAGAGAAGCAGAAAAGAGGCGUCAAGAGAAGAGGAAAGAAAGGGACAGGUGUUCAAGCAAAAGCAACUCAGAUACAGAAGAACUGGAUAAAAGAGCAGGCAAGGGAAGUGAGCAAACUAAGUGUGACAUAAGUGAUAGAAGGCAACAGCACAAAAAUAGGCAAGAAACUGUUAAGGCACAUAAUGCAGAAGUUAUUCAUGGUUCUAAGGGUGCUUCCACAAGCAAUCACAACCAUGGGAAUGUUGGAACUCGGUACUUGGAUAGCAUGAGAGGUACCUUUUUAUCCACUUCUAAAGCAUUUACUGGAGGUGAUCAUUUUGGAAAGAGUAAUAAUAUCUCUAGUGUUCCAAGAGAAAACAAAUCUAAAACUGGCAUAGAUCAUAUUCAAACCCAUGCCUCGAGGAGGGAACUAUCUCAGCCAGAUAGGGUAUCUGGAAAACUGAACCCAAACGGGAACGACAGGAGCAUCAACCAUCCUGUACUUAUUGAAUCUCAACCAUGUACAGCUCCUAAAAAAUCAUGGCAAGAGUUAUUCACACAUUCAACUGCUGUUUCUCGUCCAACUACAAAUGUAAUAAGCAGACCAUCUGUUAAGCCACAAGCAGAAGUUCAAACACCAACUUACCCUUGUCAACCUCCAUCUACCCAAUCCUUUGACAACCCCAUUAGCUUUGGACUCCCGUCACCUUUUCCUUUAUCUAAUUUUGCUCUUGGAUCCACAAGUAAUAUUACAACUCUUCCAUUAUCAUCAGAACCAUUGUUUCCUCUAGUUGGAGAUGGUGCAGGUAAGUUAUUGCCAGAGGAGUCAGAGAUUUUUGAAGAUCCUUGUUAUGUUCCAGACCCAGUAUCAUUGCUUGGACCCGUUUCUGAGUCACUUGAUAACUUUCAGCUUGACGUUGGAUUUGUGUCAAAUGUAGGAUUGGACAAACCAUGUCCUGUAAAGCAUGGUAAUGCCUCUUCUGAAGUCACCAGACCAUCGCCAAUUGAGUGUCCAAUAUCAAGAUUGUGUGUUCCAGAGGAGAGGCAUGCCGAGUCUUUUCUUUUUCCCCGCACUCCUAAGUCUCAGGAUGUACGCACUGUGCCACCAAUGAAUGUUUCAAGUAAUGCAGAUGAUACUGGAACAUGGCAGAUGUGGAAUAGCUUUCCACUUGGUCAAGAUGGUCUUAGUUUAAUUAGUACUCCAGCCAACUGGCUUUCAAAUCCAGAACCUAACAGAUCAAACAUGGAAGAGAUAAUACCUUCUGCACCUCCGAAGACCAUGGCUUCACUGUUUAAAAAUGAUGAUCCAGUCCUUUCUGUCUCUCAUUCUACACAAAUAGUUUAUGCCGGAAAUUGCCAGAACAGUGCGACACUUGGUGCUAAUUUGCCUAGCAGUGCUGAAAAUGGGUUCCAAAAAGCACUCUUUGGUACAUAUUCUAGAGGCGAAAGCCAAUUCUCUCUCAAUCCUGAGAAUGCUGCUCAUAGUGAUUAUAAGAGUCCAAAUGCUCCCGUGACAAGCUAUCCAUUUGAGUUGUCUCCACCUGAUUCUUGGGCCAAGGAUGGUAUCUGCUUCUGUCAGAUCCUUUUUUCCCUAACAUAUACAUGUAAUGUUCACAUACACAAGAACACACAGAGAGUGAGACACACACGCGCGCACAGGAAGAAAGGGUUGGACUCAGCAGGGUUCAGGAGAAGGUGUAGGCAACCCACAGAUAACAAGGGCGUCAAUUGGCGGCUUAUGCCACACACCAGAUGUACAGUCUCUUUGGUCAUAGAGUUAAAAAAAAAAAAAAAAUAGCAAAGGAAAAUAGGGGAGAGGAUUUGAAUGCGCCCUCCCGUUCUGAAGAGGAAAAUUGGCCUCUUUUGUAGGAAAUUUUAGCAUGUCGGACUAGUUGUAUCUUCCUUCUUUUCAUUGAAAGGGAGAUUUUACAUUAUCAUGAUGGGGUUACAUGUAACAUGCAUGUGCUUCUGAUCAGGUAACAAUUGAUCUUAACAUGACUGAGUACUCGCCUGAUCUUUUUGUUGCAAAGAGACUAUUACUGACAUAAAGGAUUAGUGCUAUUCUCACUUUAAA